AUGUGCGUAACUUUUGCAGCCAUGAGCCGUGUACUGCUCCUCCUGAUCUUUCAGGGAGCGGCUGGAAAGCCUCGGAAGCUUUUUGAGAUCGGCUCCAACGACAAGGAGGUGGGCCUGGACCCUUUCUACGAGGGCAACAUGGAGCCCUGGGGUGCCGUGUGCGUCGGCUACGUGAAGCAGGACUCACCGAAUCAUCGGCUCUUGCAGAAGCUGGGGGCCAACACCGCAGAAGACGCGGAGCUCUGGGACCUGCAGAUUCCCAUGGCUGCCGUCAUCGACUGGGAAGAGGAGGAAUCCUUGCAGAUCGUCAGGCGGAACUACGCCGCCAGACUCUGGGAAAUGAUAGAGCAGCCCCCGAUGGAUGCCGAGCCGGUCAUCUUCGCAGGCAAAAGCGGGAAGAAGUGGAAGGAGAAGGAAGUUCGAGCCUGGCUGCUGGAAAAUGCCUUCCCCACCAUCAACUACAGGGUAGCAGGCUACCAGGGCAAGCAGAACCCCUUCCCCUUUGACAAGUACUUCGGCAAGUCAAACACUGGCGGCGUCGGCCUGGUCCUGGUGAAGAUCAAGGACAUCAACGACUUUGGUCCUCAAUUUCGUGCGGUUCGCUACCUCCGACCGCACAUGGAGAAGUUGAGAGGCAAGAUCCGCUUUGCGGUAGUCGAAAAGACGGCAAAGACGCUCGAGAUGAGGCAGGCUCUCAAAGUCGGGCUCAACGAGAGUCUCGAGAGCGAGCUCAUCCUUUUCAAGGACCUCGAGGGCUUAGGGGAUCGGCCCGUGGGCAACCACUGGCACGGAAACCCUCACAAGUACCGGCUCACCGACCUGAGCGAGGAGUCUGUGAACGCCUUCUUUGAGGCGUACUAUGCCGGGAAGCUGCCAACUUACUGGGCCUCCCUCGACGAAGCCAACAAGGCACCCGAGGAUGGCGAGCUAGCAAGCUUCACAUUUGACGAGCAGGUAUUCAAAGCUCCGAAGAAAACUGGGACCUUGGUCGCCUUCUUCAACGAUGCCAGCGUGGGCUGCGCCGACUGCGAGCGCGGCCGCGAGGGGGAGUGGCUCAUCAAGCUGGAGCGUGGCUGGAGCGCCUGGAUCGUGGGCGAGCCCUGGUUGGAACAGAAGUUCCAUGGACCCACUGAUCAGCCGUUCCGAUACAUGUUCGGCAAGACGGAGUUCCAGGUGGAGUUUCAAAGCGAGACCGAAGGCACUUCCACGAAUCUCUCCACUGGCAAGCCCCGGCCCUUGUGCUUUGUACCAAAAGGCCAGGCGCCACCUACCCAGGAGGCUGAGGAAGUCCCGGCUCCGCCCCAGGCUCCGAUCCUGGAGAUGUCGGAGAGGCCCAUGCAAGCCACGAAGGCCGACAGCAACUUGCCCACGUGCUGCUACCUCGCGACCAACAACACCGCAUCCUACGAAGGUGAGUACCACUGGCUCAUUGAGUUGGAGAAGGGCUGGAGUCCUUGGAUGCCAGGCAACGAGCCCUUCGAUGGCAGGACGGAUGAGCCCUUACGGUAUACUUUGGGCAGGUACGACUUCGAAGUGCACUUCGAGGAUGAGAGCCAUGGCACGCAGACCAACCUGACCAGUGGAAAGGUGCGUCGCAUUCAACGUCUGCGAAAAGGAGACCCCGUGCCCGCCUGGGAAGGCACAGGCAUCAGGCGACGACCGGCCAAUGGGACCGGAGCUGCCGACAUCGCCCUGGCACCCGUGGAAUCUGCAGCAAUGGCUGCUCAGUCCAACCGAGCAGUCAGACGCACUGGUGGAUAUCAGGCAGCGGCUGUUGGUGCACCGGUGAAAAGCACGCAGAAGUUUGCCCUCCGCACAUCCAAGCCUGCAGCAGGCCCUGCAGCUGCAAGGCCACAGGUGUCUGAGGCUGCCCACAAGGCAACUUCCGCUCCCAAUCCACCGCGAAGUCCCGCAGGAGCCGCGGCGACAGCUUUGGGCCCGAACGGCACUGUCCCUCGCUUCAUGCGGCCGCUGAAGUCCAAAGCCUGA